UCAGAAAAUUCGUGUUUCGAUAGCGUACCAGGUGGAAGGUAACAAUUUAGGUUGUCAAUGGUUGAAAUUUUGUUGACCCAUCUUGAUCGAAUCACCUUCAAAGCUCUCUAGCCCCAGUGCAUUGUUGUUGAAAGAACUUCAGACCAGUUUUUUCAGAUCGUCAGCGAGAACUUCCACUAAGGUCCUCUUUGUCCAGCAGAAGUUAUAAUUUGAAUAUGAAAAUGCAUGCGGCGCAAUCAGCUGAAGAUGGCCUUUUUGAUUGUGAAAAUGGCUCGUAUUAUAGUGAAAAUGAAAAUGUAAAUAAUGGAAUUGCGGAAUAUGGACCUUCUGGGGAAGAUGUUUUCUCAGAAUACUUGUGGAUGGAAAACGAGGAAGAAUUCGAUAAAGAGGUCAUGCAACGUCUCGAGGAGGAAGCCCUUAUGGAACAGUGUAUAGAAGCUAUGCUUGCUGAUGAAACUUCUGAUUCUGUAACUAGUCCAGGAAGGGUUGUUCAAGGGAGAAAUAGCAAUGAAUACACAUUUCCUUUCAGAGCUGCUCUUCCAAGAACAAGCAAUGACAUAUCUAGUAUGAUCAGUAAUUUGAAGCUAGAUUCAGCGGAAGUAGUUAAAGGGAGUAAUCUCAACCCUCUUGCCGCAGAAUUCGUACCAGGAGCUCGCUCUUCGUCCCAGUCUACAUCUUAAUUAUGUUUGUUCUAUUUUCCAUCUUUCCAUUUUUGUACAUAUAACCGAUUUUCACCAACAACUUAUAGCUGUACUUUCCUGCGCAGUGAUACAUAUUUGAAAUGUGCAUAAAAAUGACUGGAAUGUAUUCAAUUUUAAUUAGUUGGAAUUCCUCAAAAGUAUUUUUCCGAAUUUUGUUACAUACCACUACCAAAAAUUUUUCAUUUUCGAAAUAUCAAUUAAAAAACACCUGAAACUCUACUGCAUUGUAUUUUUUUAUUCAAUUUGUAAUAGUUCUGAAACGAAUAAUUUUCUCCUAAUUUUUAAUAAUUCUUCAUUUGUACCGUUUGUUUUUAAAGAAUUCACUUGCUUUUCAAUGACAUUUUUAUGCAUAUUUAUUCAACUAAUAAAUCCUGUCCACAAAUAUUUUUAAAAUAAUUAUGAAAUUUCGAAAUCAACAUUUGAUCUGAACUGCUAAUAAUUAUUUCCAAAAAUAAUUCAUGAUUGGCAGCUUUGUAAGUUAACUAAAUUUAAUUUUAUUUAUUGAGUAAACUGUUGUGUAAUACAAUUAUUGAGCCUCCUAUAUUUUUUAUUAUUAGAAGGAACUGACUUCGUUAGUUAUUUGAUUAUAUACGUGAAUUAAUGAAUCGAAUAUCCACUAAUGAUGAUCUUUUUCUUGAAUAAUUGGAAUUGUGAUAUGUAUUUCCAGAAAUGCUGAUAAUUAUAUUGGGUUAUUUGUAUAUUGAAGAUUUGAAGGGCAGAUUUAUUGAUCUCUUUUACUAACCACUUUUUUUUUUAAAUAAUUUGUACACAGAAAAGUGGAAGGUAUUAUAUAAGAUGCAGAUCAUCACUUCACUUCAGGAGGGGCUAAGUGAAUGUUGAAAAUUGGUCAUCCAGUUAAGAUCUUUAUGUAUUCUAUAUUCCAACAAAUGUAGAUCUCAUGUUUGUAUAAAAUAAUUGCUGCUGUAUUUAAUUUUGCAAUAUUUCCUGGGAAAAUUCUGGUUGGUUCAACAAUAUGAUAUUUUCAAUUUUUUUUUUUUUCUGAAAGUAAUAUAUUUAUAUAUUGUAUACAUACUUAAAGAAAACGGAUUUAUCAGAAUGCUCUCAUAUUUUGAAGCAGUUGCAAUGCAGUAGAUGAGGAAUAAAUCUUGUUUUGUAUAUCUUGAAAGUCAUUAAAAAAUUCGAAUUAUGAAGAUGUGUUGAAUGUAUUUUUUUCAGGUUAGAACUAAAUAAAAGGAUAAAACAGUUCUCGUCACAUUCUAUUCCACUACAAUUUAAAAUUCUAGUGUGAUAAUUCAAGGCUGUGCGAGUUCCCAAAAAAAAAAUAUAUUUAUAUUACUCAUCAUACUAUCUGCAAAAAGGCAAAGCAGCAGGAAGGAUAAAUGGAUGGUUUGAAGGACAUGUGGCAAAUCUUAUUCUGCCGAUUUAAACUUCAGCUGCUUUGUCUCGUUGUGAGUGAAAAAACAAAAUCUGCCGUCUCUCAGUUACUUGGUAACUGCUUAUGAUUUUCACAUAUAUUUUUAGAAUGGAAAACCUGUAUAUUAUUGAGAGAAUUAUUCCAAAUUAUAAAAACUGUUCUUUAAA